UUAUUGGUUUGCCUUCUCUCUGGUUUUGUCAGAUCUCUCACUCCCUCUAAUAUGGGGAACUGUGUAUCUAUAUCGAUACCAUGUGAUUCCUGUGUGAAUACAGUCUCUCAAUGGCAUGACGAGAAAGGAGGUUAUAUUCACAAUGUUGAGAAGAAUCUCACAUUUUUGGAGACUAACAUGGAAGAGCUCAGAGCUAGGCGUGAUGAUGUGUCAAGAAGGGUCACAAGAGAGGAGGAUAGAGGUCUGCAAAGGCUUGCCGAAAUCCAGGUAUGGCUAAAUAGAGUUGAGACUAUUGAAAACAGAGCCAAUGAUCUUCUUAGUGCUAAAAAUGUUGAACUGCAAAGGCUGUGUCUUUGUUCGCUUUGCUCCAAGAGUUUAGUAUCAAGCUAUCGUUACGGGAAAAGUGUUUUCUCGACACUGAGAGAGGUUGAGAAACUCAAAAGUAGUGUAUUUGAAAUGGUUUCUGAGAAAGCUCGAACAUCUGAGGUGGAGGAAAGGCCUGUUCAACGUGCAAUUGUUGGUCAAGAAACGAUGCUCGAAAAGGCAUGGAAUCAUCUCGUGGAAGAUGGAGUUGGUAUUAUGGGUUUGUACGGUAUGGGAGGAGUAGGAAAAACAACGCUUCUCACACAGCUCAACAAUAAGUUUAGUGAUGAAAGGUGUGGGUUUGAUUUUGUGAUUUGGAUUGUUGUGUCAAAGGAGUUUCAAGUAGAGAAGAUUCAAGAGGUGUGGAAGCAAAAAGAUACAACUGAAAAAGGUGUACACUUAUACAAUUUCUUAAAGAAAAAGAGAUUUGUCUUGUUUCUAGAUGACUUGUGGCAAAAGGUAGAUUUAGCUAAAGCUGGAGUCCCGUUUCCAACGGUAGAAAACAGAUGCAAAGUGGCAUUCACCACCCGUUCCCAAGAUGUAUGUGCGCAUAUGGGAGUGGAAGAGCCGAUGGAAGUCCAAUGCCUCUCGGACAACGACGCAUUUGUUUUGUUCCAAAAGAAGGUUGGACCAGUAACGCUUGGAAGCGAUCCAGAGAUUCCUGAUAUUGCAAGAAUAGUUGCUAGAAAAUGUCGAGGCCUGCCAUUGGCUCUCAAUGUCAUAGGCGAGACAAUGUCAUGCAAGAGGACGAUACAAGAAUGGCGUCAUGCCAUAGAUGUAUUGACUUCAUACGCCAUCGAGUUUUCUGGCAUGGAAGAUCAGAUUCUCCCGCUUUUGAAGUAUAGCUAUGAUAAUCUUAAAGAGGAGCGUCACAAACUGUGUUUGCUGUACUGCGCUUUAUUUCCAGAAGAUUAUAAAAUUCAAAAAUCAAAAUUGAUAGACUAUUGGAUAUGCGAAGGGCUUAUUGAUGGAAGUGAAGAUAUCGAAAGGGCUGAGAACAAGGGUUAUGAGAUAAUUGGUAGUCUUGUUCGUGCAUCAUUGUUGAUGGAGGAUGGAACAAAUAAAGUGUGUAUGCAUGAUAUUAUCCGUGAAAUGGCCUUGUGGAUUGCGUCUGACUUGGGUCAAGAAAAAGAGGCUUUCAUUGUGCAUGCUGGUUUGUGGUUCUUUAAAAUGCCAAAGGUUAAGAACUGGAACAUUGUGAGAAGGAUGUCAUUGAUGCAUAACAAGAUUCUUCAUCUCCGUGGAAGUCAUGAAUGUCUCCAACUCACAACCUUGCUCUUGCAAAAGACAGAGUUGGGAAAGAUCUCAAGUGAAUUCUUCAAGUCCAUGCCAAAGCUAGUUGUUCUGGAUCUAUCGAAAAAUCUAGAUCUUAUUGAAUUGCCUGAAACCAUAUCAGAAUUAGGUUCCUUGCAAUAUCUAAACUUGUCUGGAACUGCUAUACAUCACUUGCCUAUGGGUUUGCUUGGGUUGAAAAAUCUAAUUUACUUGGAUUUGUGGGAUACUGAUAUUUUGAGUAUUGCUGGGAUAUCAAAGCUGCAUAAGUUGAAAGUUCUGAAAUUAUUUGGUCAUGAGUUUCUAUGUGAUUUCCAAGCAGUGAAGGAGUUGGAAACCUUGGAGCAUUUAGAAAGUUUAUUCAUAAGAAUUACAUCUUUUCAAUAUGUAGAGAUAUUGAGAUCCCAAAGGCUGAUGAGUUGUACACAACAUCUAGAGAUCGAUAAUAUCAGUCUGGAAACUAUAGUACCUCUAGCUAUAAUGGAGAAGCUUCGUAGUUUCUGGAUCAAGAGCUGGAACAUCUCUGAGAUAAAAAUGGGAAAUAUAUGCAGCAAAAGAAAGAUUGUUUAUUCUCUGCACAGUCCAAGUACCCCAUGUUUCUCCAGCCUCUCCGUAGUGAAAAUACAAGAUUGCAACCGCCUCAGGGAACUGACAUUACUGAUGUUUGCUUCAAACUUGAGAGAACUUGAUGUUUUGGGUGCAAAAGAACUAAAAGAUAUAAUAAACAAAGAGAAAGCUUCCAAAGGUGAAGAUUCAGGGAUUGUUCCUUUUCCGAAACUGAUUCUUCUUCGACUCGAUAGUUUACCGGAGCUGAAUAAUAUUCAUUGGAAACCUCUACCAUUUCCAUGUCUUAAGGAAAUCCGUGUAACGGGAUGUCCAAAUCUGAGAAAGCUCCCUCUCGAUUCCAGAAGUGGCAAGCAUGGUGAAAAUGGACUCUUCAUUAGCUACAGUAGAAAAGAACGGAUUGAAUAUUUGGAAUGGAAGGAUGAAGCUACCAAAACCCGCUUCUUAUCUUCUUGCAAAAAGAUUUGAUUAUAAGCACACAAAGGUUAAGUGGGGCUUCUCAGGCAGCAAGUUCCAAGUGGAUGAUAUGUUUUCUGUGUGUUUUUCUUGUGGUUAAAGUCUCUCUUCCUGUCUCUUGCUUUAUUUGAAUUACUUUUUGAAUUUGCUCGAAAUUGAUUUGUACUUUGAUUUUACGUUUGGAAUUGAUUGCAAUAGUUUCAACAACUUUGAUUAGUA